AUGGAAUCUCCUUCCCGCAGCAAUCGUCAAAUUAAUAAGAAAAGAGCAAUUGAUCAUAUUGAACAAGAAAUUGACUUGGUAUGCAAUGAUCUGGAACAAUUUAUUGCCGCUGUACACAACAAAAGUUGGAUCAAUUUUGUGAAAGCUGCUGUUAAGGAUGUAGGACAAGAAGGUGUUCUCAUCUCCCCUUUUCACUCGAUGUCUGCCGCUUCUCUGAAAUGGACUCUACUCCAUCUGAAUCAGAUCGUAUUCACAGAGACGAACAAAUGUAAAUUAGGUAUUCAUGCCGUACGUGUGCUUGACUUCAAUAAGCGAGAUGGUGGUUUGGUGUCUGUUUGUUGUCUAUGCAAAGGAUCAAGCAAGGAAGUAGAAGAAAUUUACGUAGAAGAUAUUAUUGCCGAUUAUAGUCUGAUCAAGACAAAUAUCCACGCAAUGUACGAAGAAUUCAAAGACUCGGUAAUUGACCAUAGAUGGAAUUUAUAUAACGUGAAAGACUGGGAGUUAUCUGCUCCAAACAUGGAAAAAGGAUGUUUUGAUCUCAUCGACAUAGGACAGGUUUUCGAGAUGCAAUUGGAAGAGGAUCCACACGUCGUUGUCCUUGCAACAGUUAUGCGUAAUCAUCAUGGACUCCUGUGCGUUCGGUUUGGAGGAAAGUACACUAGAAUGAUUCAUAUGCUCAACACAUGUUGUCAUCAUAAAGGAUGGACCGAAAAACAAAAAGACGAGAAACUAUUGAGGCCAAACGUUGACCUUAUUGCAGGACUGGAAGAAGACAUUUCUAAUUUGUUAGAGCCAGUGACUCAUCUGGUUUUUUUGAAUAAUGAUGUGAUGAAACAUCGACUCCAGCGUGGCGCUGUGUUAGUCUAUCUCAAUCAUGACAGAAAUCGUUUUUACUUUGCUCAUGUGGUCCCAACCGAAGAUGAAUGCCCUUUUUAUUUCCAUCUUUGCAUUGGCAAAGAGUUUGUCUUGCAUCCGAACACAAAUAAGCCAGCUUUCUUUCACAUUUACCAUGAACAACUUUUUGCAUGGAGCCUCAUAAGAAAGGAACCUGUCAGAUGUCAUCUUCCAGAUGAGUUUGAAAUUUAUCCAAACGAUACGAACAAGUACGAAGAUGAAAUUGAUAUUUAUAUCAACUACUUCACACGAUAUUACAAGGCUCUUGUCAGUGAGGGUGUCGGACCACAAGACGAGUAUCGUCAACACAUCAAUAGUUUGGAUGCCGGAAGGAUAAAGGCCAUUAAAAAACGAUUGAAAACGUUGAAAUUUGUAGAAAUUCUUCUUCCUACGCCAGAUGGAUAUAGCCAGUUGCAUGCAGCGGAAGUUGUCAGAGUUUCAAUGAAUUUGCUGACACUCAAAGUUCCUGGAAGAAAAGAGAUAAUUUACGCUCAUCCAUUCGAUAGUAACGUUUAUCAUUUUGGGGCUUGUGUCGAUGUAUCAAAAAACAAAUCAGACCGUGAUUUCGACUUAUCAUAUUGA